AUGUCGGAAGCUGCGGAGGAGAUGACCUCGCUGAAUAACCGGCUUGAAGAGAGCGAGCGACGUGUCCAAGAUCUGACCAGACAAGUAGCUGAGGAACGCGCCAAGAUCGAGAAGCUUCGGACUAGGAAUGCGACACUGGAACAGCAACUCGCCAGCUACGGCUCCAUCUCUACGCCGCCCCUUGCGAAACGAAGAGUUCAUCCUGCAAUGGCGCCGCAGGGCCUGCAUCCACAGCAAAUGCAGCAGGCUCGUCAUGUGCCGCAACAGCAUCUUUCGCCUGAAGUGCAGUACGUUGAGCCCGAUCCACAUGAACAAGCUGCGCCAGUCCCAAUGUCGCCACUGGUCACCGCUAGACAUCAAGCUCCCUACCCCGCAGUCCCGAGCACGCCGCUGCCCCACCAGCGCAUUCCGCGGGGUGCGCGGCCAUCCAGCGUAAUGCCGCCCGACAUGCUGCCUCAACCCCGACACAUGCCGCCUCCGUCUCAGCAUAUGCCCCCGGUCCAGCAGUACGCGGCCUCGCACGACGGGCAAGAUUACCCAGCCGAGCCUGUUCGAGCAGACUACCCCGCCAAGCGUCAGCGACUGGACCAGGGUAAUGCAUACGGCGAGCAAGGGCUGUCGAAUCGCUACUCUCGAGCGACAACCGCCACUCCGUUUGAGCACAGGCGGAUGGCGAAUUCGGAACCCACACCGGGAGGGCGACCACAUUCGUCUGCCAGCUUCCAGGGCCGCCCUCGCAACAACCUGGACCAGUACCGAUAUCGAGGCGAGCAGCAGGUGUCGCGCCCGCAGCCUCUGCAGUACGAUCCGAAACCGUCGUUCACACUGCCGCGGCGCUCGCAGGCGACUCCCAGCGGUGAGCACCCAAGACACGGGCACAUGUACGGCGUAACGCCUCUCGGGGCGAUCGGGGAGGACGAUGGUGAGCUGGGUCAUCACACCGCAAGCUAG